AUGAUCUUCUUAUCAUCUUCCCCACCUAUUUAUAUCCUCUUUUAUACUAUUGUUAUAUUUUUAACUACUUUUUCCACCACCUGUGAUUCAUAUGGCGGAAAUGAGAGUGAUCAUUUGGCGUUGUUGUCGUUCAAGUCAUUUAUCAAUGAUCCAUAUGGAGCUUUAACUUCAUGGAACUCUUGCUCCCAUUUCUGCAACUGGAAUGGUGUUUCUUGUGGAAAACUGCAUAAAAGAGUGACUAUGAUACAACUAGAGUCAAAAGGUCUAGAAGGCUCCUUAUCUCCUCACGUAGGAAACCUGAGCUUCCUUCAGGUGUUAUCACUUUUGAACAACAGCAUUCAAGGAAGCAUCCCUCAUGAGCUUGGUCGUCUAUUUAGGCUACGUUUCCUUUUACUGUCCACAAACAAAUUCACUGGAGUCAUUCCUACUAAUUUGUCUGGUUGUUAUAACCUAGAGGUGCUUCAGGCAGGUAAGAAUAAUCUAGUUGGAAACAUACCCUUAGAGAUGAGUGUUUUCUCUAAACUUACUUCUUUUGAUUUGAAUAAUAAUAACUUAACGAGAGGAAUCCCACCUUUCUUGGGGAAUCUUACAUCAUUGGAGGAAUUCUCUGUUAGAAGCAAUCCAUUGGGGGGGAGCAUUCCAAACACCUUAGGUCGUUUGAAAAGCUCAAGGAUAUUUUACGCCGGGGAUUGUAACUUACAUGGAACCAUCCCUCACUCCAUCUAUAAUCUCUCGCUCCUAAUUAAUUUUACUUUGUCUUCGAAUCAGCUAAUGGGUACUCUUCCUUCAACAAUUGGAUCAAUGCUCCCAAAUCUUGAAUAUCUUCAACUAUGGGGCAAUCAAUUGUCCGGUCUUUUACCCCCAUCAAUAUCUAAUUGUUCGAAUUUACAACUUCUUGACAUCUCUAACAACAACUUUAGUGGGAAAUUGACGAUUGACUUUGCAAACCUAAAAGAUAUUUAUCAUAUAUCUUUGCAAGGAAUCAGCUUCAAUGGAGGCGGGGAAGCGAAUGGAAUGAAGUUUAUUGAUUCUCUGGGAAAUUGCACCAAAUUAGAGUUUUUACUUCUUGGUAUGUGUAACAUUCGAGGAGUAGUCCCAACAUCAAUUGGUAAUCUUUCUCAUCAACUCAGUGCUCUAGAGUUAGGAAGAAAUCAAUUGUAUGGAAGCCUCCCUUCAAGCAUAGGUAAUCUAGUUGGUUUGACCAUGUUAGGUUUAGAUACAAACCAAUUCACGGGAAACAUUCCCUCAACCAUUGGCAUGCUUCAAAACCUACAAGAGGCUUUUCUAUAUGAAAAUCAAUUUUCAGGGCCAAUUCCAUAUGCAAUAGGUAACUUAUCAAUGUUGAAUUUGAUUAAUUCACGUUCCAACAUAUUGGAAGGGGAUAUCCCACCAACUGUGGGGAAUUGUAAUCGUCUCGAGGUGUUUGCCUUUGAGAACAAUAAACUAAGUGGCAAAAUACCUAAACAACUUCUUCAACUUACUUCUCUAACCUCAUUAUAUCUUUCAAAUAAUAGCCUUUCUGGUCCACUUCCAACUGAGCUUGAAGAUCUUAGAUCUUUGAACAUAUUGGUUCUGUCUCAUAAUUAUCUAUCAGGUAACAUUCCGAGUAGCCUUGGUGGUUGUACUAGCCUUGUUUACUUAUACAUUAACGACAACUUAUUUGAUGGCAUGGUACCACCAUCAUUAAGUUCUGUGAGAGGAUUGGCAGAACUCGAUCUUUCUCAUAAUAAUUUAUCAGGCCAAAUUCCUCAGUUCUUAGAAUGGUUCUCCCUAGAAUACUUGAACCUCUCCUUUAACGAUUUUCAGGGUCAAGUACCGAUGAAGGGAGUGUUUGCCAAUGUAAGUGCAUUCUCCAUUUUAGGGAACAAUAGGCUUUGUGGUGGUUUGGUUGAACUUCAGUUACCCAAAUGCAAAAUGGCAGAGAAACAUAAGAGAAGGUUCACAUUGUUCAUUAUAGUCAUUUUAAUUUCUUGUACGGUAUUCAGCAUAUUAUGUUUUGUCUAUGCUUGGUUUAAAAAGAAAAAGAAUGGUGAACCGUCUCAAUCAUCCAACAACGAAAUGUUCUUAAAAGUUUCUUACAAUCAACUGUUCAAGGCUACUAAUGGCUUCUCUGAAGCGAACUUGAUUGGCCAGGGUGGCUCAAGCUCUGUUUAUAAAGGAACCCUUGAUCAUGAUGACAAUUUUGUUGCAAUAAAAGUUCUACAUCUUCAUAUUCGGGGAGCUCACACAAGCUUUAUAGCGGAAUGUGAAGCAUGGCGAAGUAUUCGACACCGGAAUCUGUUGAAGAUAAUAACUUCGUGUUCAAGCGUUGACUUUCAAGGCAACGAUUUCAAAGCUUUAGUUUACGAUUUCAUGCCCAACGGAAGUUUACAUGAUUGGUUGCAUUCAAAUGCCAAUACAUCUAGACUAGACCUAUUUCAAAGAAUUAAUAUUCUCAUUGAUGUUGCAUAUGCACUUGAUUAUCUUCAUAACCAGUGUUUACCAAGUGUUGUUCAUGGGGACAUAAAGCCUAGCAAUGUUCUGCUGGAUAAUGAUCUGAUGGCCCAUGUUGGAGACUUUGGUUUGGCGAAAUUAAUUGGAACAAAUUCAAACCAAAACAGCUCUACUAGGAUUAAAGGAACAAUUGGAUAUACACCUCCAGAGUACGGCAUGCGGAGUAAUAUGACAAGUAGUGGUGAUGUCUAUAGCUUUGGAAUAUUACUACUAGAGGUUAUGACUGGG